AUGGGCCUGUCUCAUUCGGGAAGCCAUCAUCGACGGCGCAGCUCGAUGCUGACCGGCGCCGCGGGACCUUCGCAUUCGCUUCCGACCGAGCAAAGGGAGGAGUCUCCCCGGAUCGUUAGUGAUGGUGCCGGUCAUAAGCGGGAAGAACAGAAGCCGUUAAAUGGGGAGGAUGCGGAAGCUUCCGAUCUCUCUUCCAUUGCGGAGAGCAUGGAGAUGGAUUACAUGAGCACUGAUGAUGACCUUCACGAUGACGAGGAAACGGGUCUUACGGCAAAACAGAGACGUCAACAGCGACGCCGGCGACGACGCCAACGGAGGCAAUUGGAUGCCCGUAUUGCGGAUGUUAAGGCUUCUCGUAAAGAUGUGUUCAGUCUGGGUCUGGCUGAGAGGAGCGUUCUUCAGAGAUUACUCGUCAACGGCGUCUUGAUUCUUUCGUGGUAUUUCUUCUCUCUGUCUAUUUCCAUUUACAACAAAUGGAUGUUUUCGCAGGAUGACAUCGUGUUUCCCUUUCCUCUCUUCACCACCAGUUUGCACAUGGCCGUCCAGUUCACAUUAUCUGGCCUGAUCCUCUGGGCUAUUCCUUCGCUCCGUCCAAAUAAUCCAUCCGUAUCCGCGGCGUCUGGCUCGUCACCUAUACAGGAUCCUGGGUCCUCUGAGAAAAGACCACUGAUCACCAGGUUCUUCUACCUGACUCGCCUGGUCCCUUGCGGUACGGCGACAUCGUUGGAUAUCGGGCUGGGCAACAUGUCCCUCAAAUACAUCUCGCUCACCUUCUUAACUAUGUGCAAAUCCUCCGCCCUUGCCUUCGUUCUGCUCUUCGCUUUUAUCUUUCGCCUCGAAACCCUUUCUGUCAAAUUGAUUAUCAUUAUCGCCGCCAUGACUGUCGGUGUGGUCAUGAUGGUGGCCGGUGAAACCGCAUUCAAUGCGGUAGGUUUUGCCUUGGUGAUCGCAUCUGCGUUCUUCUCGGGCUUCCGCUGGGGCCUUACCCAGAUUCUUUUGCUCCGCCACCCGGCCACGUCUAACCCCUUUUCGACCCUUUUUUUCUUAACGCCCGUUAUGUUUAUUUCCUUGAUCGUAAUUUCUCUUGCCGUGGAACGUCCCGCUGAGAUCGCAAACGGCUUUCAGGCGCUUGCCGCCGCCCACGGGACGGGGUUCGGGCUUGUGCUCUUGAUUUUUCCCGGUGUACUCGCUUUCUGUAUGAUUUCCUCGGAGUUUGCUCUAUUGAAGCGCUCAUCUGUGGUCACAUUAAGCAUUUGCGGGAUCUUCAAGGAAGUGAUCACCAUCAGCGCAGCAGGCGUGGUGUUCCACGACCAGCUCACCGCCGUCAACCUCACGGGUCUCAUUGUGACGAUUGGCAGUAUUGCCACUUAUAACUAUAUGAAGAUUUCCAAGAUGCGGCAAGAUGCCUUAUCAAGCAUGGGGGACCGGAGCCCGACUACAGGUUCGGAUACGGACUCGGAUGCAGAAUCUCCUGCCCCCAGCGGAUCUCGAGGUUACCAGCAGGUACCCAAUCUAGAGACAGGAAUGGCCCAGUCCAGUCCCAGAGUGAACGUCGCCGAUAAUGUCAAUAUCACCCCCGCAGAUGACAUGGCUAUUGGCGGACCACGCUCGUACGGUGUCCGGACCAGUGGAGCCAGCAGCGCUACCCAUGGGCUCUCCAUUACCACGAACCUCGAACCCCCACGAUCAAACUCUGCCUCUCCACUCAAGUCCGCACCUCCGAUCAUUACAUUUACGGAUACAGACUUUCCCUCAAUUUCGGAGCGUGGCCCAGCCCACGGAAGCCAAUCUGCUUCACAAUCUCCAGAGAGAAAUACACUUGGACACGACCAUUAA